CCAACCAUCACAGCAGGUUUCUCCACAGAAACAAAACGAAAGAGGAGAAGAGGAGGCCACAGCUUUGAAGCAGCAACAGAGAGAGGCCUCUGUCCUCAAGCUCCAUCCACGAUGGCAUUCACGUCCUCGACUGCCUGCUGCAAGCCUUCGCUGCUGCCGCCGCCCCGGGCAUCGUUGCGCGGCUCGGCGGCCCGCGCGCAGGCGCUCCUCUGCACGCCCUCCACCUCCGCGUUCCACGGCCUCCGGGUGCCAGCAUCCACCGCGCCGGCGCCACGCCGACGCGCGGCGGCCUCCACCGGCAUCGUCUGCGGCAAGGUGACCAAGGGCAGCGUGCCACCCAACUUCACUCUGAAUGACCAGAACGGCAGGGCCGUGUCGCUGUCCAAGUUCAAGGGCAAGCCGGUCGUGCUCUACUUCUACCCCGCCGAUGAAACGCCCGGAUGCACCAAACAGGCCUGCGCAUUCAGGGAUUCCUACGAGAAGUUCAAGAAGGCCGGAGCCGAGGUGAUCGGCAUCAGCGGCGACGACGCCGCGUCCCACAAGGCGUUCGCGCAGAAGUACCGUCUGCCAUUCACGUUGCUGAGCGACGAGGGGAACCGGAUUCGCAAGGAGUGGGGUGUCCCGUCGGACCUGUUCGGGACGCUGCCGGGCCGGCAGACGUACGUGCUGGACAAGAAGGGCGUCGUGCAGUACAUCUACAACAACCAGUUCCAGCCCGAGAAGCACAUCGGCGAGACGCUCAAGAUCCUUCAGGGCCUCUGAGCCUGCUGUCACCGCGUGAUUCGGCUUCGGUUUUGUAGCUUCGCUUCCGGCAGCCCGAUCCUCCGGCCCUGCUCUCGGACAUCGAUCCGUCGUUGUAAACGUACUGAUGACGAUAUGUAUGAAGAGCUGAAUAGUUCUUCAGUCUAUCUGACUGUGACUCGUUUGAUCGACCAGCCCCGUUCUUGUU